AUGAACUCAAAAGUAACAAAUAUAAAAGCAUGGAUAAGCAUGCUUAAAGUGAAAAAAUGCUACAGUAGAAAGCCUUCAGAAAAGAAGCAUGGAAUUCUAUGCAAGCUAUUCUGGGCAAUGCAGAUAAUAUUAAUUGGGCAUGCUUAUGCCGCUCUUACAUUUGAAGAACAAGCGGCAUUUAUGGCAUCUAAUGAAAUAAAAGACGCAGGUGGGAAUAAACUAAUAAUUAAUCCUCAGAGCACAUUUAACCCAAUGUACAUUACUAUACUAAAAAGAAUUGAUGUCUUUUACUAUAUGCGGUUUAUAUGGUCAGGAAUUAAUCUGGAAUCGUAUAAAAAAUUGACAGAAGACAAAUCCCCGCAUAGAAUGUAUUUAAACGUAAUGAUUCCAGAGAAGGACACAACCCAUUCAGUUGUGCAUGGUGAAGGCGUAUUGGACUCAAGCUAUAUCAAAAGCCAUAGUGAGGUUUUUCUUAAAAUGUUCCCUUCGUUAGAUGGUGGUAUUUCUAUAAGAACAAAUAAGCCAGGAUCUUUCUAUAUGUUUCUUAAUAACAGCUUGGUGUUUGAGUAUAGAUAUAAGAUUCUUGCCUCUCUUCUGCUUUUAGCAGAGGGGAUGGAGAUCCCUCUAAUGGUUAAAAAUAACACAGAGCUGUCUCUAACCUCUAAAUAUAUUGAUCCACAGUGCUUUGCAAUUAACAUAAGCCAAAAUAACACCCAGCCUACAAAAAAUACAUCUGGAGUAGAUGGUGCAGUGAGUACUGAGUAUUUAGAUGCUUUUAGUGUGAUAGAUUUCUUUAUUAAUAAUAGAAGCAACAAUCACUUAUAUAAAAAAGAGUUUUCUGCGCUAAAUACAUAUGAGCAAUUUAAAAGCGGCAAGAUUAUGAAGACCCCGCUGGUUCUUAUACAAUUAUACAUAUAUGAAUAUAUACAAAGCAUUAAGGAAAUGGAAGAUUUUGCCCAAACCGUGCAUGAUAUGUUAUAUAUGUAUACACAAAGAAAUUCAGAUGAGCACUCUUCUUUAAAAGAUUCGGCCAAUAGUAUAUUUAACAAGUAUUUUGUUUCCUCUAAUUACCGAGAUGAGGGAAUGCGAUAUUUGAAGCUAGCAAGCGAUGUGCAGAAUAUUCUAAUCAAAAAGAGUGAUGUAUUUUAUAGCCCACAGAUGCAAUUUCAUGCAAUGAAAGCAUCAGAUAUUUAUAACAAUGAGAUUGCUGCUGGAAAGAACCCAAAAACUUCUAGCACUGAAGAAAGUGUGUGCACUGUGGCUACUUUAGAGGAGAACGCUAGUAUGAAAGAGUUCACUGACUAUGUAGAAACUGCUCUUCUAGGGCUUUUUUGUGUUUUAACAUAUGAUCACGAUAAGAAUAUGCACACAACAGAACACAUGCCCAAUCCAUCAAAUGAUUUAAAGAGGUUCUUCAGUAAGUAUAAGUAUCUGUUUGGCUCGGUUUCUCCCACUGUCCACAGGGAAUGGAGGAAGAUAGUAAGUGGCAUUGCUUAUGAUGAUGUUCACUAUCUUAGAGAGAACAAAACUCAAAUACACCCAGAUGUGAUAAAUGUGUUUUUUGUUGUUGCAAUUCUAGCAGGUUGUUAUGAGGAGUAUAAAGCUAAAAUAGAAAAACUCAAAGAAUCAAUAGAUGGUAUACAAAAUUCUUCAAAUUUAAAUAAUGUAUGGAAUUUUAAAAUUAAACCUAUGCUUUUGGCAUGCAUAAAAGAUCUUAUUGAUAAACUUUCGGUAAAUAGUAAUCAAAAUGCUUCUAUUUGUGAUGCAACUUCUUUUCUAAAUUUAAAUGCUUCUCAAACUUUGAAGAAGUAUGAUAUAUUUGGAAACUUAGUAAUAUGCAUAAAUAAUAAUUAUAUUGAAAAGUGCAUACAUCUUAAUAUAGUAAAAGAAGCCCUUCCGCCCACACAAACAGAAAAUGUAUCAAGCGCUUCCUAUACAGACAUUAAAGAUAAUCGCGAUCCCUCACAUUUAUAUAACAAUAAGCGAGUAUUAGAAGCAAAAAAUCCGAAUACUAGCAUUUAUAUUCAGUCUAUAAUUCUUGGAAUAGAUAAGAACGAAAAUGCACUGACAGAUCUUAAAAAUGAAGUACGCAAAGAAAACGAGUCUGCUGUAAGAAAUGCUCUUCUUGCAUACAUAGACUUUGCGCUAUGCAAGAUUUCAUCAGAGUAUGCUAUAGAAGAAGAAAUUAUUAAAUCAAUUUCUAAGAUAGAAAAGAACGAUGGGUACAUAAAUCUGGACAAGUUUGUCAUUGGAAAUAGCAUCUGUCCGCCAACACGAUCCAUUAUAAGCAUAACCCGGACUUUACUGUUUAAAGCCUGUGCUUUAGAGCUGGACAAGGAUCAUUAUAUAGUGCGCUUUUCUAAGAAUCUGUUGGAAAGUGUGCCCGCAUUUGAUUCUAGCUUGCAGUAUGACCAACUUUCUCUUCUUUUAUACUUCAGCAAAAUGUGCGGCUAUUUUCCAGACAUUACACGGCUACUCAAUAGCAUAGAUGUAUGUGUUCCUGCUUAUUGCUUUUCUAAACAAGCACACGAAAUAAUUAAAAUUGCGCUGGACGAGAACUGCCCACACAUUAUUUAUAAUAUUAUAAAACUAUCGAUUACCAACAUGGGCCUAAAAGGUACUAAUCAAACAGAGACCCUAUAUCCAUUUUUUUAUCUAAUGGGGGUAAAUUAUUUAAAUCUGAUAGAUUGCUUGACUGCAAAGGGGGAAAAAGAUGAGUAUAUUACUUCAAUUAUCAGUGAUAUACGAAGAAUUAACACCAGCAAGUCGGGUGAUAUAGAAGCUUCCACGCUAUUAAUAUUUAUUAACCUUGCCUGUGAAAAGAAAUACAUAAACAUAAUAAAGGCAUGUAUCAAUCUAGCAGAUAAUAAAAAAAUAGUAGGCAUAGAUAAUGAUGAGUGUGUUUCUUUAUACAGCGCAAAACGUACAAUUGCAGUUCUUAAUAAAAUAAAAAAUGACUACACCAGUGCCACAUCCACGAUAGAUAAUGCUACUAUAGGCACUACCACCAAACAGGGCUCAGAAGAAGAUACUUUUAUAAAAAAGCUUAAUAGUAUAAUAGAAAUAUUUAAUAAAGAGGUAGACUUUGAUGACUCUGAUGGUUCUAGUGAGUCUAUGGGUGCCGGCCGCAAUUAGCUG